GUAAUUUUCUCUUUGUUUUUCCUUAACAGAUCUGAGCCAUUAUUUCAGUACAGGCAGCUAAAAUAGAACCGUAGAAAAUGGAUGUCGCAAUGGCGGAGCCCGGCGAAAUCCUGCCGGAGCGCAACGUCGACAUGGCAGCGCUGUACGAUAUGCUGCGACGGAGCAAGUCUUCCUCGGAGGAAAUCGUUGCCAAAAUGCUGUCUCUCAAGAAAGAAGCUCAACCCAAAUCCCAGCUCCGGGAACUUGUCACUCAAGUUCUUCUCAAUUUUGUGAACCUCCGCCAGGCAAAUAGGUCUAUCUUGCUUGAAGAAGAUAAGGUGAAAGCUGAAACUGAACGAGCAAAAGCGCCUGUGGACCUGACAACCUUGCAGCUCCAUAACUUGAUGUAUGAGAAAAAUCACUAUGUCAAAGCAAUAAAAGCUUGCAAAGACUUCAAGACCAAAUAUCCUGACAUUGAACUUGUACCUGAGGAAGAAUUCUUCAAAGACGUGCCUGAAGAUAUCAAGAGUUCCACACUGUCAGCUGAUGCCGCACACGAUUUGAUGCUUAAGAGGCUCAACUAUGAGCUAAAAGAACUGUGCACACUUCGUGAGAAAUUGGAACAACAAAAGAAAGCUCUCCAAGAGACAAUUACUAACAGGAAGAAGUUCUUAUCAAGUCUGCCUUCACACCUCAAAGCUCUGAAGAAAGCAUCCUUGCCUGUCCAGCAUCAGUUAGGGGUUCUGCAUACCAAGAAACUAAAGCAGCGUCAACUAACGGAGCUGCUUCCACCUCCUCUGUAUGUGGUCUACUCUCAGUUACUUGCGCAAAAGGAAGCCUUUGGAGAGAACAUUGAGCUGGAGAUCACAGGAAGUGUGAAGGAUGCUCAGGCUUUUGCCCGUCAGCUAGCCAACAAGGGCUCUGAUAUAGCAUCAAAUUUGGAAAACUCCAAGAUAGAGGAUGACAUGCCAGAUGAGGAAGAUGAUGGUCAAAGGAGGAGAAAACGAUCGAAGAAGGUUCCCAGCAAGGAGAGUCUUGAACAGGCUGGCAUAUGUCAAAGUCAUCCACUUAAAGUUACCCUCCAUGUCUAUGAUGAUGAGGGUUCUGAAGUAAAUUCAACUAAACUCAUCACCUUGAAGUUUGAAUUCUUAAUAAAGUUGAACGUCGUGUGUGUUGGCGUGGAGGGUUCUGAAGAAGCUUCUCAAGACAGUAUAUUGAGCAACUUGUUUCCAAAUGACACUGGCCUCGAGCUCCCUCAGCAGUUAGCAAAGCUCCGCAUUGGAGAUUCUCUUUCUUUUGAUGAAAAGAGAACUUCAAGACCAUACAAAUGGGCCCAGCACUUGGCUGGCAUCGAUAUUUUGCCAGAGGUGCCGCCACUAGUUUCGGCCACUGAGGAAUCAAAUAGUGCAACUGCUAAACCUGUUUCUUUUGCAUCGGGUCUGUCGCUAUACCGUCAGCAAAACAGGGUACAAACAGUUGUGCAAAGGGUUCGUGACCGGAAAAAGGCUCAGCUGGCUCUUGCGGAGUUACUUGACUCGCUCAGGAACCUUAAAUGGCCAACCUUGACCUGCGAGACUGUCCCAUGGGCCUCAUACAAGCCCAAAUGCAACUUAUAUGCUUGGUCUAUUACUUCCACUGGCAACAAUACCACAUCUUUGCCCAUGGAUGAAACAGAGCAAGGUCCCAUACCAAUAGAUGCUGAUGGAAAAAUCGAGAUGUCCAACGAGGAUACGGAGCCCACAAAAGAAGAUGGCGAGCUCCCAUCUCUGGUUGCCGCUGCCACUGGCGUAAAUGACAUUAAUCUCCUCACCCCCAGUAAAGGAUCUGAGCUCAUGCGCUCGGAAAGGUUGAGUUUGAUUUCCAGUAGCAUUAUAUCCCCGCUUGCAAAAAAGUCGCCCAGCUUCAAGAAACAGGAAGAAGAUGUUGAUAUCAUGCUGGACUCGGAAAACGAGCUGGAUGAGCAGGUUCAAGCGGAGGAAGCAUCUGAUGAUGCGUUUGGAGGGCAGGAAUUGAUUGACAAUUUAUGGGUUGACUAUGGGAUCCGAGAAUAUUGUCUUGUGCUGAUUCGGAAAUCGGAUAAUGAUGGAAGGAUCACAAAACUCGAAGCCAAGAUAAAGAUAAGCUUGGAAUAUCCCCUUAGGCCUCCCCAUUUUGGGUUAAGUCUGUACAGCUGUUUACAAGGGGAGAAUAGUUCUGGGGCAAAAUGUUCGGAGUUUUUGAAUGAACUUUGUGCAAUGGAGGCAGAGAUCAAUGUGCACCUUGUAAAGAUGAUACCUUUCGCUCAAGAAAAUCUAUUGCUUGGUCAUCAAGUGCUUUGUCUCGCAAUGCUUUUCGACUUCUUGCUGGAGGAUGGGAACCUCUCGUCUUCCAAUAGGAGUUUUUCUUCAGUGAUUGACAUUGGGCUUUGCAAGCCCGUGAGUGGUGGGCUUGUCACUCGGUCCUUUAGGGGUAGAGACCGAAGGAAAGGUGCAAAGCUCGUGAGUGGUGGGCUUUGUCACUCGCUUCGCCACUCUCCUUACAAAAUUCCUAAACCCUUCGAACCUUCACAUUCGACUCCCACAAUUCAAAUCCCCAAAUUUCCGAUCAUGGCUGCCCUAGAAUCUCUAUCGAUUUCAAAUGCCCUUCCUCUUUUCUUCGCCUUCUAUCUCAUUCUCUACCUCAUCGCUUAUUUCAUCAUUUUCCGAACCUGGGCCCGAAACCUCCGGCCCGAAGCCUCCAGCUGCGCCAUAUCCCUAGCUCACGGCACCCCCGCCGUAUUAUUAGCCUGCGGCGCAAUCCUCUCCGACCCGGCUCGGGAUUUCCACUCGCCCAACACCCAUCCCCAGAGCCUCGUCCUCGACUACAGCAUUGCCUAUUUCCUGAUGGAUCUCGUCCAUUACCUCACCUUCUACCCGACCGACGUCCUCUUCAUCGGCCAUCAUCUGGCGACCCUCUUCGUGUUCGUCACCUGCCGCUAUGUAGUUCAUCAUGGGGCCUUUGCGAUUCUCGUGCUCCUGAUUUUGGCGGAGGUGACGAGCUUGUGCCAGAACGUGUGGACUCUGGCUAGCGCCAGGAGAUCGGACUUGAAAGCUGCAGCCAAGGUGUAUGAUCUUUUGUCCCCUCCGUUUUAUGCUCUGUACUCUGUUGUCAGGGGCUUUUUCGGCCCUUAUUUUGUUUUCCGCAUGCUUGUUUUUUACUUGAGUGGGGCUGCUGAUAGUGUGAUUCCGAGGUGGGUUUGGGUUUCUUGGGUUUUCGUGGUUGUGACUGCAAUUGGGGUUAGCAUAUUGUGGAUUUUGAAUCUCUGGAUUGAGUUCUUUAGAGAAAGGGAGAUGAAAGAAUAUGAAAAUAAAAACAUUAGAAAAGAGAAGAAAGCGUGUUCGAAGCUGGAUAAAGUUGCAAAGAUCGAGCGUGAAUCUCAACCUGUGAAAUUGCGAUAUGUUUUUCUUCCAUUUCCGGAUAGAAGCAAAAUGUGUGCAACUGCUGAAGCAUUCCUGAUUUCAGCUUUUUUAGGAGAAGAAACUCUUUUGGCAAGCAGAGCAAUUACACCAUUAUAA